CUGCCUACAUGAUUUCUUGGGACCUAGCGAUGCGACACAGUGUCUGUUUGUGCUGUACGUAUGUAUGUACGUAUGUAUGUACGUAUAUUUGUGUGAUUGGACCGAUCCAUCUGUAAGGUAAGCUAUUUGUGUGUACGUAUGUAGACAGAUUCUCUAUCAUGUGCUCCUGCUGUAGCUAAGCUAGGCUCGGCUACUCGCUCUCUUUGUCCAUCCCUCCCUCUCUCUCUCUCUCUCUCCAUCUAUCCAUCCAUCCUGGCCGUCCAUCUGUCGGAUUUUGCGAACGUUUUUCCGCCGCCCACCGCAGUGAGACGAUGGAUGGCACGGUAAGACGGUUGCGUGCAUCAUGUCACACUCAUGCUGUCUUUGGGGUGUGCGUGCCGUGGUGUAUGGUGGAUGUGGAGCAGCUUUUUGAUCGGUCGAGAGAACAGCCGGUAACUCCCCACGUGUGGAUGGAUGCUGCGUGUGAAUGUGGGCUGGUGGAUGGGUGUGCUGUAUUGUUGAUGGCACGGUUGACUGGGCAAUUGGUCGGCUGUCUGCUGUCUGCCUGCCUGCGAUACUGCCUGCCUGUGUGCAUGGUGUAUUCUCUGACGGAUUCUCUGCCAGUCUCCCAGCCAUGUCGUCGUCUCGCUAUCCAUAAGCAUCUCUAAGCCCAUCCCACAUCUCUAUGCCGGUCGAAUGUAAGCUCGCAGGAAGGUCUCUCCCCGAGUUCCCAGCCUUGUCAGCAGAGCUGUGAAACACGAUGUGUAGGAGCCGUCCGAGCUGCCUGCCUGACGACAUUAUAGAUGAUCUGAAGCGAAAUCUGUGUGCCGCCAGCUGCGCUGCUAUCCGAGCCACAUCAAAGCGCCUCGGCUGCCAUCUCAUCAGCGAGGACUACCUGACGCGCCGGCUGGACGAUGCCAUCCACAACAAGAAACUCAGCGGCGUGCUGACCUGCAAGAAGCCUCCCACGACGGCACUGGCGUUCCUCCUGCACUUCGCCACGGCCGUCUACAGCGGCACUCGGAGCGGCCUGUUGGUUUGUCUCGCCAAGCUGAGUGUGUUCAUUUUCCACCUCGCCGUCGGGGCGCUCCUGUACUUUUUCGCGCCCCUCUACCCGCUGCACAUCGGCUAUUGGAAGCUCGUGGAGGUUACGGUCGGCUCGCAGUGCAAGUGGCUCAGCUUCUGCACGGAGAUUUUCCUGCUCGUCUUCCUGCUCCCAAAGGCGUGGGCUUGUAUCUCCCCGCGACUUCCACGGGGGUGGUGGUUGCUUCCAGACGGCUCCGUCAUUCUGCGGGCUGGCGACAUCCUGGUCGAACUGGCCGAAAGUUUCGACAUUAUUGCACUGUCUAUCGAUGGCUAUACAGGGUGGAAGUUGGCGAUAUGGGUAUUGUUGCUCGCGCGACUCUUCAUUCCGAGCGACAGCCACUUAAAACUAGUACUCUUCCCGGCUGACAUCCUUACGGGAAUCUUCAGCGGUGACAUCAAGACAGCGGCAGGGAGCUGCAUCUAUCUGUGCGGGUCCGUCUGUAUUGUCUCUUUGGCGUGGCUCAAUAUGUACCGUCUACUCGGCAAGUGGCUGGGGAGAAUCGUGUCGGAGCGGCCGAUGGGCCGUGUCGAGUACUUGCUGCGUCUGCUGCAUGUCAUUGAGGACGGCGGCUGCUGGGACCGGACUGUGCAGGUCAUCUGUUAUCUCAAGAACAGUCACAUGAUUCCCUCGCUGCCCAUCACCAUUACACCCGGCGACCUGCGACAAGUCGGCAGUCGGGCACUGUUUGACUCUCGGCCACCGGCAGUCCGCCAGCUCUCCCUCAUCAGCCACAGAUUGGUUCCGGGCCUCUCCCUGCAGCGCACCCCCAACGGCCAGGACCAUUUAGGCGAGUGGCUUCGGCACGACCGGCAGGUGCUGACUUUCCUCCCCAUCGAGGCGCUGAUGCCAACGCACCUUCCCUUCAGCUGCGCAGCAAGGGCGGCGGCGGCGAUGAAAAGGGGAAGUGAACACCUUGCCGACGCCGCCAAAGGGACUGUUGUAGGCUGCCUUGGCCGGCAGGUAACAUGACGCUGAAGCCAGCCCCACGCACGGCGCACAUCAAUGUGGCUGAUUGCACGGGUGUGUUAGGUCCGGGCGUUGGCUGCCUUGCCACCGGAGCAGCUGUCGAUGCGGAUCGAUGAGUUCAAGGGAUCACUCACUGGCAGUGCCGACAUUCUCUCACCCGCCUACUGUCCGAGUUGCAAUGACGUACGUACAAGUCCGUCCGUCGGACUCGUGCCACCUGACUGCUGUCCUGUGUCUGUCCGCAGGAGGAGGCUCGCGUGCUGGACGACAUGGCGACCUUGGCGGCGCUCGCCGAGCGUCUCGAUGGCCAGCGGAGAAAGGCGCUCCUUGAGCUGUUUGCUGCUGGGGGAAAGGAUUCAGUGCAUUUUCCUGUAAGCGGCAGCUCAAAUCUCAAGGUGGGAAAGGAAGGCAGCACAGAUUUGAUAUCGACUCGGAUGAGUGGCGACAAGGUGAUGUGCCGCGUCGUGUAGGUGAAUUACGCGGCAACUGCGCUGACAGCGACCCUCACGGAUGAGAUUGCCACUGUCUCCGUCUACCAAUCUGAUCCGCCCACCAAAGGUGAGUGGCCCGGCCGAGAUCAGACAGGCGGAAAAGACAGACAGCACGUCACUCACUGAUUGCUCUUCUGGUGCGCCUCACUGUCUGUCUGUCUGUCUUUGGCCGGCAAUUACAUCUACUCUUCGUUCACGGAUAUCUUCCUACAUGUCGCCUCCCAUGAGCCUACUCGGCCUCGCCCCCCUUACCCUGACAGCAUCCUCUCACUGUCCGAGCAGUGUCAACUCGCAGGCAAGCUCAGAUUUGCGCUCAUCUACGAUGUCGUGUGGGGCUGUCGCAAGGCGCACAAGGCCGACGGCAGAGGACCGGACGACCCGGACCGCGACAAUCAGGACGAAGCGAUAGUCAUUCUGUGCGGGGAUCGUGCUAGUGACGACUUCGCUGCCUCUUUGCGGACUCGGCGUCGCAAUUACGGUGGCAUGACGGGCCAGACACUCUACUUCGAGAUCCGCACCACGGAGACCCCCGUGACCAGCGAUGGUGGCACACAGCAGCGCUUCCCUCGAACGGCAAGGCUCGUCCGCGACAAGCUGUAAGCAUAGGCCUCUCAAGCAAACAGACAGAACAGGUACGGCGGCUGACAGAGGGGGACCAUGGGAACUCCUUUGAUAGCCGCUGGCUGACUGCAGGUGGUCGUUUCAAUCCUGUGCAGCUGCCUACAUGAUUUCUUGGGGCCUAGCGAUGCGACACAGUGUCUGUUUGUGCUGUACGUAUGUGUCUACGUAUAUUUGUGUGAUUGGACCGAUCCAUCUGUAAGGUAAGCUAUUUGUGUGUACGUAUGUAGACAGGUUCUCUAUCGUGUGCUUCUGCUGUAGCCAAGCUAGGCUACUCGCUCUCUUUGUCCGUCUCUCCCUCUCUCUCUCUCCAUCCUGGCCAUCCAUCCAUCUAUCGGAUUUUGUGACAUGUUUCCCGCCGCCCACCGAUGAGGGCGGCCACCGGUAAGACGUUUGCGUGCAUCAUGUCACACUCAUGCUGUCUUUGGAGUGUGAGUGCCCUAGUGCAUGGUGGCUGUGGAACAGCUUGUUGAUCGGUCAAGAGAACAGCCGGUAACUCCCCACGUGUGGAUGGAUGCUGCGUGUGAAUGUGGGCUGGUGGAUGGGUGUGCUGUAUUGUUGAUGGCACGGUUGACUGGGCAAUUGGUCGGCUGUCUGCUGUCUGCCUGCCUGCGAUACUGCCUGCCUGUGUGCAUGGUGUAUUCUCUGACGGAUUCUCUGCCAGUCUCCCAGCCAUGUCGUCGUCUCGCUAUCCAUAAGCAUCUCUAAGCGUCUCUGUG